AUGUCAGGACGUGGAAAGGGUGGAAAGGGCCUUGGCAAGGGAGGAGCAAAGCGUCAUCGGAAAGUUCUCCGUGAUAACAUCCAGGGAAUAACCAAGCCGGCGAUCAGGAGGUUAGCGAGGAGAGGAGGUGUAAAGAGAAUCAGUGGUCUGAUCUAUGAAGAAACCAGAGGUGUACUUAAAAUCUUUUUGGAAAAUGUUAUUCGUGAUGCAGUUACAUACACUGAGCAUGCUCGAAGGAAGACUGUAACUGCAAUGGAUGUUGUCUACGCUCUGAAGAGGCAAGGAAGGACUCUUUACGGAUUUGGAGGCUGA